AUGUGUCUUUCCUGUCUGACUGUUCGACGAAAAGACGUGAUAGAUUCUGACGAAGAAGAGGAAGAAGACGGAGUUACAAAUCAAUCUGUUUCUUACAAGUCCUCAGUCUCAGGAAAUUGGAGCGGAUCAGGUGGUGGUAUGGGAGAUGUAAUGGAAAAUCAAGAUGGAGAAAUCAUCCAACAAAGGAGGCCAAAUGUAGCUAGAAGUUUCACAUUUCGUGAGCUCUCUUUGGCAACACAGAACUUCAAGGAAGCCAACUUUAUUGGGGAAGGUGGAUUUGGUAGGGUUUAUAAAGGCCUAAUAGAUUAUGAUCAGAUAAUUGCAGUUAAACAGCUUAAUCCAAAUGGGUUGCAAGGAAAUCAAGAAUUCAUGGUGGAAAUUCUAAUGUUGAGUCUUCUCCAUCAUCCAAACCUUGUUAACUUGAUUGGUUAUUGUGCUGAUGGUAAUCAAAGACUAUUGGUUUAUGAGUACAUGCCUAAUGGUUGUUUGGAUGAUCAUCUUUCAGACAUUGAACCUGCAGGAAACAAUCAGGCUUUAAAUUGGUAUACAAGGAUGAAGAUUGCAAUGGGUGCAGCUAGAGGGCUUCAGCAUCUCCAUUGCAAAGCCAAUCCGCCAGUUAUAUAUCGUGAUCUUAAACCAGCCAACAUAUUAUUAGAUAAAGAAUUCAACCCAAAGCUCUCGGAUUUUGGACUUGCCAAAGUAGGACCCGUGGGAGAUAAAACACAUGUUUCAACCCGAGUAAUGGGAACUUACGGAUAUUGUGCACCUGAAUACGCAAUGACAGGGAAAUUAACUAUAAGAUCAGAUAUAUAUAGUUUUGGAGUGGUUCUGCUGGAGCUUAUAACUGGUAGAAAGGCAAUUGAUAACAAUAGAAGACCAGGAGAGCAGAACCUUGUUUCAUGGGCGCGUCCAUUGUUAAGGGAUCGGAAAAAGUUGGUGCAAUUGGUGGAUCCAAUGAUGGAAGGGCGGUUUCACAAACGUAGUCUAUUUCAGGUUUGUGCAGUGGCAGGAAUGUGUCUGAACGAGGACGCGAGUUUCAGACCGCUUAUUAGCGAUAUUGUUGUGGCGAUGGAACACGUGACAUCGGAAUCGAACAAGACUGAAUUCCAAACACCAGAUCCAUCAACCCGGGAAAAGAGUAUUUCUUUCUAUAGACGUGGAAACUUGAACGCAACCAUCUAA